AUGGAAUCUAAGAAGGAUAAAGAGGAGAUAGUUAUUCUUGAAAAUAAACUGGAAGACAUGCAAAAAUCUCAAAGAAAAACCAGCAUAGAAAUAAAAAAUGUACCAUUGAAAGGUGAAGAGACAAAAAAAGACUUGCUUGAAAUGAUAGUGAAGCUAUCCGAAAACAUUAAUCUGAAGCUUGUCAAACCAGAAGUUAAGGACAUUAUAAAAAUUAAAAAGAAAGAGAACACCAAAAGUACUAUAAUAGUGGAAUUCACGAACACCUUCAUAAGAACGGACAUCCUGAAGUGUGCUAAAAAUUAUAAUAUAAAAAAUAAAACAAACAAACUAAGUGCAAAGCACCUGGGUUUACAAUAUAAUCCUGAUGUACCAAUCUACAUCUCAGAGAACCUCACACCUAAAGUCCUGCUAGUCCACGACAACAAGUCCCUCAAGGCGUGGGACACCAUCCAGCCGGUGAGCGUGGAACGAACCGGGAGCGACUUCUCCUGGUUCCAGCAGUUCGAGAUAGUGGAGCCUAAGCAGGCUGACUACGUUGUCAUUGCGUUUGAUCCCAGGGACCAGGAGCUAUUCUACGAGCUGGAGGGGUACCCCGGGUUGCUUGGCUGCGAGAAGCUGCUGUACCGGACCCCGGUAGCCAGCUGGGAGAACUACAUGAAGCCCGAGUACUUCCGCGUGCCUUGCAUAAGCUUCUGUAACUUCGACGAGUUCAAUGUGAAGGACUAUAACAUAACCGACGAGUAUGACCUGCAGUGUCGGCUGAAUAUUUGGGUCGAAGGCGCUCUCGUGGUCUCGAAGUCCUCCCCUCACCUCCUGCUCGGGGUCACGACGUGGGGCCCCGGCCUCUUCACUCUGAAGCCGAACGAGCGCUACGUGGUGGGGCUGGCCGUGCCCAACUCACCCGCCUACCGCGCCGCCAUGGCGUGCGCUGACGCUAUAUUGAGCGGCAAGGCGUUGAAUGACGCGGUCUGUGACGACUUUUAGGGUCCCAGCGUAAACGUAACGUAAAUGUAUCGUCACCGUAUCGCCUUUCAGCGAGAUUGCCCCGAGGCGGGGCGAUUACGUUACGAUUAGUAAGCGUUGCAGUAGGGAGUUUCU